CAAAACUCAUCCGCGUUCUCCCGCGAGACGAAACCUCUCCUCCCUCGCCACGCCGUCUCCGGAGAUUCAAGGUCGUGCCUUUCGACGUCUCCAGUGUUAGGUUGUGGUAAGGAUGAUUUCGGCUGUGUGUUGGAUCCCGAAGGGGGCUUCAAAGGUUGUCCCUGAGUCAUUUGAGCCACCUACUCAAGAGGAGAUCGAAGAGAUUACAAAGUCUGGAGCAUUGGAGAGAAGUAAUGAUAGUGAAGAAGAGGAAGAACAGGAUAUGGAAAUGGAUGACACUGAGAAGGAGGUUGGUGGAGUUGCUCGGGCAUUAGCUGCAGUGAAGGCUCUUGGGAAGGCUCAUGGAGAUAAUAGUUCGAAUGAUCUGAAGGGCAUCAUUGACGCCCUUAGAGAGCUUGACAUGGAUCAUUAUGAUGAUGAGGAUGAUGGAAUCAAUGUUCUGAGUUCGGGACUAGGUGACAUUUAUUAUCCAAGCAAUGACAUGGACCCUUACUUGCAGGGCAUGGAUGAUGACGAUGACGAAGAUGUUGAGGACAGGACUAUAAAACCAACUGAUGCAGUUAUAGUCUGUGCUUGCAAUGAGGAUGAUGUCAGUUCUCUUCAGGUUUCAAUAUUUGAGGAAUUAGAGGACAAGGAGACAAAUCUGUAUGCUAAUAAUGAAAUUAUUCUUUCAGCAUUUCCCCUGUGCACAGCUUGGCUUGAUUGCAACCUAAAAGGUGGUGAAUCUGGUGAUAAAGGGAACUUCAUAGCUGUUGGCUCAAUGGAACCCGCUAUUGAGAUAUGGGACCUUGAUCUUCUUGGAGAGGUUCAACCUUUUAUGGUAUUAGGAGGGAUCUCUAAGAAGAAAACAGGAAAGAAGACAUCAAUCAAAUACAAGAGGGGCAGUCACAGAGAUUCAGUACUUGGCCUUGCUUGGAACAAAGUUGUCAGGAAUGCUCUAGCUAGUGCUAGUGCUGACAAGACUGUUAAAGUGUGGGACAUGGUUACUGGGAAAUGCACCGUGACUUUGGAGCAUCACACAGACAAGGUGCAAGCAGUCGCAUGGAGCCGAUAUGCACCAGAAAUACUUGUUAGUGGAUCUUUUGACCAUACAGUUGCCUUGAUGGAUGUCCGAUUUAAUGACCGUGCCCCAAACACAUGGCAGGUUUCAGCUGAUGUUGAGAGUGUAGAGUUGGAUCCGCAUAAUGAACACUUGUUUGCUGUGAGUCUUGACAAUGGUACUGUUCAAGGCUUUGAUGCCCGGACAGCUACUUCAGUUUCAACAUCUGGUUCCAGGUCGAUUUUCACUCUCCAUGCUCAUGAGAAAGCUGUCACCUCAAUUGCUUAUAAUCCAGCUGCACCUAAUCUUCUUGCUACAGGUUCAAUGGAUAAAAAGGUCAAACUUUGGGAUCUGUCUAACAACCAACCUUCAUGUGUUGCGUCCACAAAUCCGAAAGCUGGAUCUGUUUUCUCUUUAGCAUUCUCAGAAGACUGUCCUUUCCAACUAGCCAUCGGAGGUUCGAAGGGGAAGCUGAAGGUUUGGGACGUACUCACUGAUCAUGGUGUUGCUAAUAAAUUCGGGAAGUUCGCCAACGGAGGAACGGAAACUGCGCCGGUUGGUUGAAUGUGGAGGCUGAACAUACCUUUAAAAAGAAAAAAAAAGAACUCAAGAUUUCAGUUUUUUUCAUCUUCGGAAGUGAUCUGAUCGUGGAAUACGAGAAUGCGAGGUGUUUUCAUUGUAUACUCGCAGCAUUUUGCGCCGAAGAUUUUCAAUGGAGUUAAUUUUUCAGUCUUAUUUGUACUCUUUUGCAGAAGGGAGCACAGCAAAUUAAAAAAAAAUGUGUGAAUUUAUUAUUUUGUUUGGAAAUUAAGAGUCAAAUACAAUAAGUAGAAUGGUUUAUAACAAAGUA